UAGCUUAUUAUUAAAAUGAAAUGGUAUUGGUACCUGAUGUUAGUGGCUAUCUAGCUAGCUAGUAAUCUAGACAACUAGGUCAAUCGGCUACAUUUUCUUGCAUAAUUUCCAAAGCCAACGACCUUUUUGGCUGCCAAUAACAAACUAGCUUAAACUGUUAAAAGACGCGGUAUGCAUUCAAGGCGUUUGGCGAAGCGUUCUAUCCUCGGGAGCCGCGUCUGUGCGCCAAGUGUGGUGGGGGACGGAGCGCUUCUCCCAGGGGUGGUCCAAGCUGUCAAACAAGAAAACAAUGAUGCUUCGACGGGACUUCGACGAAAUGUUUAUACUGUGCUGAUGCAAGACGGCAGUUUAUUAGAAUACUCAGAAGACGAGAUUGUCGUGUGUCCCACACAGAUGACUGCAAAAGGACCACUGAAGUCAAAUUUAAAGCAGACUUCUUGCAACGGCCGCGACAUACCCAGUCUGGCCUUGCCAAUGGAAACACAAAAAGAAGAGGCAGACACCCUCACAGCAGAACCUGUUGAAGAGCCGCGUGGGUGUGAUGCCAAAUUGACCGGGCGAGCCUUGGACCAGGAGAAGGAACAUCUUCGCUCAGUAUCUCUCCUGGAACAGAAACGCAAAGUGGUCUCCUCCAGCAUCGACGUCCCACAAGCCAGGAAGUCAGAAGAUGAGGUAGACAUGGACAAGGUGACGGCUGCCAUGGUGCUGACUAGCCUUUCCACCAGCCCCCUGGUCCGAAGCCCGCCCGUCAAAGUCAGUGCGGAGGGGUCGAAUGGAUCAUGGAAGGAUGGUGGCGUCACUCCUUCCAGCCACAGCAGCAGUGGGUACUGGAGCUGGAGUGCUCCGAGUGACCAGUCCAACCCCUCCACGCCCUCCCCGCCCCUCUCCGCAGACAGCUUCAAGCCCUUCCGCAUGCCCAGUGGGCCGGCUCAGGCCGACGAUGUCAUCGACGAGCCUGACGGGAGCAGCCUGCUGUUUGACGAGCCCAUCCCCCGCAAGCGCAAAAACUCUAUGAAGGUGAUGUUCAAGUGUCUGUGGAAGAAUUGUGGGAAGGUUCUGAGCUCUGCAGCUGGGAUCCAGAAGCACAUUCGUACUGUGCACCUGGGGAGGAACUGUGACUCGGAGUGCAGCGAUGGAGAGGAGGACUUUUACUACACAGAGAUCAAGCUCAACACCGACCCGACAGCCGAGGGUCCAAACGGGCUGCCCCCCCCGGCCCCGCCGGCUGCUCUGUCCCAUCCACCCAGCACCGACCCGGGUCGCCCCGAGGGCAGCGCCAGCACCCCCCUCAGCCGCUCCGCCCCCAGCGCCCUCUACCUCAUACACGCCGACCACGCCUACCAGGCCACGGCUCCUGUCACCAUCCCCAGCUCCACCAGCUUCACCCCCAACCGCAGCGCCAGCUUCAGUGUGUCCUGGCAGUCCCCAGCCGUCACCUUCACCGGCCGCUCUGCAUCUCCCACCCACAGCUUUGGUGAGCAGCGCCCAGCCGCCUGCACUGUUCUCUCUUCCCCGCCGCGGGCAACCGGCUCACUCAGGAAAGCUCGAGGAGAGGGGAAGAAGUGCCGUAAGGUGUACGGCAUGGAGAACAGGGACAUGUGGUGUACGGCCUGCCGCUGGAAGAAGGCCUGCCAGAGGUUUGUGGACUGAGGCAGGGGGGUGGGGGGGGGUGCCGGUGCCAUGGAGACCAGGACGGUCCUCCAGCCGCCCAAUGCAAAGACCAUCCUUCACUCUCACCCCACCUGCCCAGGCAGGGGGCAGAACUUCCUGUGGAGCCAGUGUCGAGGCAGCUAAACCGCCCUGUAUUGCAAUCACUCUCAUCUCGGUCUGUGCCCAAAAAUAUUUUUCACUUUUCAGGCGAUAGCAGUCAGAAGAAUUCUUAACUUCUGUAUGUUAUAACUAUUUUAUGAAGGAAAGAUGAAAGAGAUGAAAGAUGAAAAACAGAAAGAAAAGAUGUCUUGGGCGAUACUAAAAAUUUAACAACCUGAUUGGCUUUGCUCCUUGACAGUGCCCAGAGAACUGUACGAUUGGACCUGAGGAGUGGAAUGCUCACCUCAUGGGCCAGUAGACCAAUGCAAAAAAAUCUUAAUUAAAAUCAUGACAGUAAACUAUUGAUAACCCCCCACCCCCAACAAUUUCACAACAAAAAAUGUUUUAUAUGUCCAUUUUUAUAUGUGUGUUUAUGAAGAAACCUUUUUUAAUCAGGGAUCAACUUGAAAAUCCAAAACCAGCAGCUAUGUUAUACCGUUUAAUCAAAAAGAGUCACAGGUUUGUUACAACCAAAAAAAGUCUUCUCUCUGUAAAUGUAUAACUUUCACUCAGUUUUUUGCAAUUAUUAUUACUGUUGCUUAAAAGCAAUGUGCGUGGAAAGAAGUACAAAACCUUUUCCAGGCAGCUGUCUGUAAAACAGGCCAAACUUGUGCAGGGAACGUCUCUGUGGGCCACCUUACAAUCCUGGAUUUGCAUGUUGUUAUUUGUUUUGUUAUUCUGUGACUUUAAUUUGAAUCAUACAUUUUUUUUAAACCACACCUACAAAACAACAUGGGUGAAUUAUUUUUUAUUUGUGUAGUAUCCUGUACAGUAGUCUCAAUCUUAGACAGCAAGCUCUGGAUAUAUCCGCAAGGGUAUAUAUUUUUAAAAGCGUGGUUCCCAAGAUUACGUGCACAGUUAUCUGUUGACUAGAAUACGUGAUAUUGUGUAAAAUAGGUACACUGUUAUAUACUAGAAAUUGACUUCUUGUUCAAAAAUAUUCCCUUAGUUUAGUCCUAGAGCUCUAGGUUUUUCUUUAAAAGAAUUAACAUGGUGGUUGAAUGUGACACUUGCUGUCUUUAGGCAACAAUACAACAAAUGUGAAUAUAUUUUGUAUUAUUCAGUCAUUUAAAUGUAUUUUAAAACUUAUUUUUCCAAGCCUAAUUUUCCCAUUAUAAACUUUAACCCAAACUGUAUUGGCGUGGUAAUGAGAACGGUCAAUGAGCUAUGAUUGACAAACCAUGUCCCCACUUUCCGCACGUUGUUUGUUACCAUAUCCAUGAUAUGCGCUCAUCUCGGGAGAUUUUUCACAAGCUAGCUAACUUAGUAUAUCAACUAUCGAUAGCUAAGUUAAGGACGCUGACUUAUCCAUUAAUAAUUUUGCUACCUAGCUAGCCAGCCAAUUAAGAUAAAAGCACAACUAUAGCGUCCUGAAGAAGCUACUAGCUAGCUAACGUUAUCGAUGACGUCACAUUGUGAAAGCAAGCUACAUGAAUAUAACCAGAAAUAGUCUAAUAGUCCUUAAGAGGCAGUCUAAUUUAAGUGAACCUAACGUUAGUCAAAUAUUUACAUUGUCUUGCCUGUAGGCCAGCGGCAGUGGGUCACGUUUUAUAGGGGAGGGAUAAGGGGAGUGGUUCCAGUUCAAAACCGGAUUCUCCAAAACUAAAGAACGGACAUAUUUAAUACUUUCAUCGUUUUUCUUCAAUUUGCCCUUUUGUGCAAAUUGCAUAUAAAAACCUAAAAAGUGUGACCAACCACCAUGUUACUCCUUUAAAAAUUUAAAAAAUUAAAAAAACAGGCAUAUUUUAAUGUACCCCUUUUAAUUAGUCAGAAUGACUAUGAUUAGAAUUUUCAGCACUUGCUUAUUUAGAGACCUUGGAAAUGGCCACUAUUUUGGUAAAGUAGUAAACCUUCAGGGGAAAGGUUGUCCACACCUUUGCUGAAGGUUUCCCCUGUAAGUGGGAAAAGGGGAGAGCCACAUUAGCAGAGGCCAAUGCUUGCAGUCAAAACAUAAAGGUUGGGGGAAGAGGCUUAACUCCUCCAAACUGUUCAAUGCAAAGAAAAGAACUGAGCAUAUGAAGUCAGCAUACAUCAGCUAGUGAAGCUUUGCACUCUGAAAACACUUUAGGAACCUCAACUGUUUUAGUGUGGUCAUUUUCAUGGUAGUGAGUGAUUUCAGUUCCAGGGGAAAUGUACAGUAUAUCAAAGAGGGUAGCUUUAUGGAAGAGGAUCACAGUCACAUUUUGUCUGAUCACAAGUUUUGUGAUUAACACACAAAUUGGGCUUUUCAGUGUGCUUGAUCUGCCUGCCAGGUCUGGAAUCUCUUUAGAAAAUGUAUUUGUAAAAAUAUACUGAAGCAGAUGAAGUGCAUUGCUAGAGAGUACAGAAGACUGUCAUGGCCAGUCAGGUCUCUGUAAAUUAUGGCAUUGUAUUCCAUCACAUUUGUUCUACAACAGACCAACACCAGCUUAUAAACUAUCUAACUUGCUCCAUAUGAUGGCUUUUUCCUGCACUUUACUGUAAUUUUUAUGCAAAGAGUUUUUUUUCUUCUUUUUCUCGAGUCAAAUCAGAUGUAGUCAUUGGUUUCAUGUUAAAAUUAAUGUUUGGAAACUCAAAAAAGUUGGAAAAGCGGUCUUUGCUUACAGUGCCACAUUUGAUUGUUUCUUUGAAUGCAGUAUUAAAGAAUAUGCCUCUGUGUGUUUAUACACUUUUUAAAGAUAUUGUCAAACCGUGUAGAAGUUAGAUUUGUCAACCCCUCUGGAGAAAAUAUUUAGUUGUAAGAUACCUGAAAAUUGGCAUUGUAUUUUGUGAACAUUAUGACCUUGACCUAUAAUUUGGCUACUUUUUUCUUUUUUUUU